AUGGCAGGAGAUAAUCUAAACAGUCAGAUUGACCGCCAUGAGACCUCCAAGACUAGUGAACAUGAAGAGAAUGGAAAAGAAUUUGAAGAUUGGUUGAAAAAGGGAGACACACCUGAUUGGUCGAAAGAGGGAGAUACACCCACUGAUGAGCAACCUUACGUGCAUGAAGAUUUAUCUACUCAAAAUAACGACUUGGGCCUACAAGAUGAUGAGAACCUGCAUGAAAAUGAUAUACAUGAAAAUACUCAUGCUAUCAGCGACGAUGACCCUCCUAGACAUCACGAAAAUACAAGUGAGUUCCAGGCACCAGUGGAGCCCACUCGACCCACAAGGAUUCGGUCACAACCAUCACAUUUGAAGGACUAUGCAGUGAAGCUUCCACCUUCGAUAGACCAUGCAAACCCGUCUCACGAUCAAGCCUCCUCCACGGUUUGCUUUCAAAGUUUCACACGGGUGGAUACCUCCAUUCCAAUUGGACCUCUGCCCACAUGGUUGCGCAAGAUGCCCUUCAAGUUCUUAGAUCUCUCUCAAAACAAACUCAUCGGUCCUUUGACAAACCUUCCUAAUAUUGGGAAAUUUGAUGUGUUUGGAUAUGGAUUUUACCCAGGAUUAUUUCUGCAAGAUAACCUUUUUAAUGGGUCGAUUCCAAGAGGUGAACUUCGUGGAGAAUGGGGGAAUUUAAAAGGCCUAAUGGUCUUAGAUUUUGGUGAUAAUAAUUUUUUUGGGAAUAUACCAGAAAGGAUCAGAGAAAAACUUCCAUAUUUGAUGGUUUUAAGGUUACGCGGAAAUAACUUCACUGGUGGAAUUCCUCGAUCUGUGUGCAAUGUUUCAGAACUUCAAAUUUUGGAUGUUGCAUUCAAAAACUUAACAGGAAUCAUCCCUAAUUGUCUAGGACGGUUGAGUGCCAUGGUAUACCGUAGCCUAGAUGGGAGUCUUACCUUUGUGGAUGCUGAGUAUGAGAAUGUGAAUCAAGUCGUGAAAGGUGUUGAUCGCGAAUAUACAACAGCAUGGCAAAUAAUGUUCAACAUGGAUCAUUCAAGCAAUAAUCUUGUCGAAGGGAUUCCGGUCGAGCUAACUGCGCUUUCUAUGUUGAUGGGUCUCAAAUUGUAUAAUAAUCAUCUAAGUGGGCUCAUUCCCGAAAGCAUUGGAAACAUGACGAAAUUAGAAUCUUUGGACUUCUCAAAAAAUGAGUUGACCGGGAUAAUCCCUCCAAGCAUGGCCUCUUUAAACUUUUUGAGCCGCUUGAAUUUGUCACACAACAACUUGUUUGGAGAAAUUCCAACAGGAAAUCAAUUGCAGACCCUUGAUGAUAUGUCAAUAUAUAUUGGCAACAAAGAUCUAUGUGGAGCUCCAUUGCCAAAGAAUUACUCAAUUGGUUUCCUCAGGAAAUCAAUUGCAGACCCAACAACGCAUGAGAAGAAAGAUGAAACGCCUGAUGGGCCGACGAAGGUAUGGUUGUACCUAGAUAUAAUAUUUGGUUUUGCAAUAGGGUUUUCGGGUGUUAUUGGCGUUUUGUUGUUCAAGAAGCAGUGGAGAAACAAGCUUUUCAUGUUUUCUGAGGAAACCAUGAACAAGUUAUAUGUUGUUGUUAUGGUAAGAGUUGCCAAGAUUAAGAGAGGAAGAGAAGCCUUAUAG